UGCCCUGCUGAAAGCGGAGAAUCCCCAUCAGCCAGCAGCGGCAGCAGUACCACCAGCAUCAUCCAUUUACACUGGUCGAGCCACUUCGCAUCCUUCUCCGCUCGGACUCUCCGCUCCGCUGGGAUGCCGCCGUCGAGUAACGGCGGCAGGGAUUCGCUCGGGAGCGCCUGCGCUGGAGGACUCCGUCCCCGUGCGGUUUUUGGAGCGUGACUGGGAUGAAGGCACGAGGAGACAAAUAAAAAUCUGAUCAUAGCCGGCUAACGCUAGCACGCUAACGUUAGCUGCCCGUUUUCCCCUCCCUGCUCACUGACCGAUGUGUUUUCCUCCAUGAAUAAACACUCCUUUAAUGCGCCCCCCCUUUUUUUAUUCUUGCGAAGACAUGCUGGAGUCACCGAGGACAUUUAUCUCAAGGAUAAAACAUCGCAGGGGUCUCCUAACCUCCAAAGGGUAACGCCAGUUAGCCAUUAGUACCUUUUAUUUUUUACAUUUUUCUCGCUCGUCCGUGGAGAUGCUGGCUGAGGAGGAGUGUGUCUAGCGCUGAACCAGAACUCGCAUGGAUACUCACUCCAUGAAGGUCAUGAUACUGAGAGAAUGAUCAUGCUGGAAAAACAGAGCUCGACGCAGGAGAUCGGCGAGGAGGCCGAGGAGGACGCCAUCUUCACCAUCACGCUGAGGAAGGUGCAGCUUCACCAGUCGGCCAGCAAGGGGCAGCGAUGGCUGGGCGUGGACACGGACUCCGCCCUGAGCCUCUACGAAACCUGCAAGGUGCGGACCAUCAAGGCCGGCACUCUGGAGAGGCUGGUGGAGUACAUGGUGUCGGCGUUCAAGGGCAAAGACUCCACCUAUGUCACCAUCUUCCUCUGUACCUACCGAUCCUUCGCCACCACCAAGCAGGUGCUCGAUCUCCUGCUCAACAGGUAUGCCAAGCUCCAAAAUGUGCCUGCAGCCACAGCACACAGAGUCUCUCAGGACGACUGCACAGAGCUGAGAAACACUGUUUCGUCCAUCCUGGGCGCGUGGCUGGACCAGUACUCUGAGGACUUCUGGAGCCCUCCAAACUACGAGUGUCUGCAUCAGCUUCUCGCUUACCUUCACCUCCACUUCCCCGGCUCGGACCUGGAGCGCCGUGCCCGCAACCUGCUGGCCCACUUCCACCGAAGACAGCAGUGUGAGCCUGAUCCUGAUGGUAUGAAGGCAGGACAAGAGAGGGACACCAGAGCAGGGGAACACAUCGGCUGCCCUUUUGCUACGCAGGAAGAGAGCGGCUUUGAGGAUGAGCUUCCUGCUUUCAGUUUCCUGUCGUUUGACCCCAUCAUGGUGGCAGAGCAGUUCACGCUCAUGGACGCGGAUCUGUUCAAGAAGGUGGUUCCCUACCACUGCCUGGGGGGGAUUUGGUCUCAGCGGGAUAAGAAAGGUAAGGAGCACCUGGCUCCCACCAUCAGGGCCACCGUGGCCCAAUUCAACUCUGUCACCAACUGUGUCAUCACCACCUGCCUGAGCAACCCGGCACUGAAGCCCAACCAGAGAGCCCGUCUGCUGGAGAGGUGGAUAGAAGUUGCCCGGGAGUGUCGAAUACUAAAGAACUUCUCCUCGUUGCGAGCCAUCCUCUCCGCCCUGCAGUGCAACGCAAUCCACCGCCUAAAGAGGACCUGGGAGGAAGUGUCACGGGAAAGUUUCCGAACCUUCCGCGAGCUGUCCGAGAUCUUCUCUGACGACAACAAUUACUCCCUGAGCCGAGAGCUGCUGGUGAAGGAGGGCACCUCCAAGUUUGCAACUUUAGAAAUCAACCCUAAACGCGCUCAGAGGAGACACCAGCAGCAGAGAGACCUGGGAGUGAUGCAGGGGACGAUCCCUUACCUGGGGACUUUCUUAACGGACCUGGUGAUGAUGGACACUGCCAUGAAGGAUUACACUGAGGGUGGUCUGAUUAACUUCGAGAAGAGAAGAAAGGAGUUUGAGGUGAUCGCUCAGAUCAAACUGCUCCAGCUGGCCUCCAACAACUACAAUUUCACUCAGGACAGCCACUUCAGGGAGUGGUUCGCCGGCGUGGACAAAUACAGCGAAGCAGAGAGCUACAAUCUGUCCUGUGAGAUCGAGCCUCUGUCAGAGUCGGCGAGCAACACGCUCCGAGGCAAGAAGAACGGAGGAAUCAUGAAGCGCUGGAGCGACCGACAGUUGACGGAGGCCGGUUGCAGCAGUGCCGCAGGCUCUCACUCCAAGUCCUUCGACCACUCGCACUACAAGCCGUACCAAGGGGGAGGGGGGGACAGCGGCGACGCUCUCAGCGUCACCUCUGUCAGCUCGAGCGGAUCAGACCUGGAGGAUGUGAACGCCAGCUUCCUGUCAGACUCACCGGAGGGACACGAGAGAAAGACGUCGACUCCUUCGGUGAAACUAACUGUCUCAGCACUGGGAAGAGAAGCUCCAGCUGCAGAUACAACCUCAACGUUCUGGGAAUGUACGUCUCUGUCGUCUCUGGACACGUCCGGGAUGGGCUCCAGCUCUGGUUCAGCCUCCGGCUCCAGCAGCGCCUCCUCCUCCUCCGUCUCCUCCUCCACCCCGAUGUCGGCCUCGCGCUCACACAAACGCUCGGUGUCGGCGGUGUCGAACUACUCGACUCUGUCGCUGCCGUUGUACAACCAGCAGGUGGACGACUGCUGCAUCAUCAGGGUCAGCCUGGACGUGGAGAACGGGAACAUGUAUAAGAGCAUCCUGGUGACGAGUCAGGACAAGACUCCGGCGGUGAUCAGGAAGGCCAUGAUCAAACACAACCUGGAGCGAGAGAAGACCGAGGACUACGAACUCAUGCAGAAAAUCUCUGAGGACAAAGAGCUCCGGAUCCCGGACAACGCCAACGUCUUCUACGCCAUGAACUCCACUGCCAACUAUGACUUUGUGCUGAAAAAGCGCGGCUUGGCACGGCCCAUGCGGCCCAAGAACGUGGCCAGUUCGACGCUGCCUCGCAUGAAACAGAAGGGACUGAAAAUCGCCAAAGGGAUUUUCUGAGGAGACUUCCUCUCUCCUCCUCCUCCUCCUCCACUCACCCUCUUCCUCCUCCUCGAUCACCUUCUCUGGCCUCCACUCGUCAGCUUCUGCUCAGGUGCUUGAGUUUUUGUUUAUACAAAAACUGGACAUGCAAGAGGAGGAACGACCAAGCGCACCUUCCUGAGGACUAACGGGAAGCAGAGGAGCACCUUAACACUUAACUGUCGCGUCGUCGGGACCCUGAGAGGACGUUAAAAGGCUGAAGGACACGUUUGUGUGAGGAACAAACGAGGCGUGUUGGCUGCUUCAGCCGGCUCAUGGAAAAGCAUCAGAUCUCCCGGUCCUCUUACGUUUCGUUUACAGCUGUUUACAUCUUAACAUCAGUUGGUCAGAUCAGUCGUUUCUGCACCUUCGACAAAAACACUUUUUUUUCUUUUCUGUUUUUUUUUUGUGGCAGAGCCUCAUCCCUGUGUGAUCACUCUGCGGUCUUCAUGCUCGCACCCUCCUGCGUGGCGCGAACACUAACGGACAGAAAGGUGUCUGAAUGUGAUUCUACUUUUUCAGGGAGCUUUUGUUUCAAGCGCACCGCCGCCACCGCUUUCGCCCCGGUGGUCCCUGAUGUCGACAGUGCCUGCAGGACUGCAGCACUUGAAGGUUUCGCUCUCCGCCGCCUCAGCAUUUUAACACCAGCGACGCUGACGCGAGCGUGGAGAGAUCUGGACUCUUUAAAAUCCUGAACGCUGCCAUGUUACACAUACACAAAAAUAAAAGGUCACGUGGCCUGAAACAGAGACGUGGUGUCAAAACCAGUGGGCGCAGCCAUGAAUCACAUGCCACUGUUUUCUUUUUAUUAUCAUUAUUAUUAUUAUUAUUAUUGUUAAUUAAUGAAUCGUAACCACUACAUGGAGAAGGAUGCCGCAAAGUGGGACAGAAACAUGAGCUGAGAACAAGACACAAAAAAACUGAGUGUAUAUAUCGAUUAACACCAUCUGUGCAGUAUAUUCUUUUCAAACGGACCACGAGAUUUUGUUAACAGACUCGACGCUUUGUUCUUUUCUCUUUGUACAUUUGUUUGCAUCUCUCUCUUUGAUAUGGUGCUGCUACUUAUCUUUCUGAAGAUGUCAUAAUGAGCUGCACCUCACGUUUUUGUUUUUUCUCUUCCUCCUGACCGCCAGCCGCCAUGUAGGAACACAGAAACAUCUGAGGGACACAAGGCAUUACAGAAAUAAUAAGUAAAAAGGGCCGCUCUGCCCGGAAGAGUCGAUACACUCUGUUUUAGUUGUGCUUCCAACAUGGCGGCUUGGCUUUCAUAACCAUCAGUUUCCAAAUGUGCCAUGACGGGCCAGGUGAGCGCUGCGGUAUCAUCUGUGGUUUUUACGUGUCUGUGAUGGCAGCAGAGUCUUUCCUCUCUGGGCUCUAACUAACAGUACAUGUGGGGAAAAAAGUAGAUUUGGAUGAUUUUUAGGUUCUCUGUUCCUUUUAGCGUACAGAAGAGCUCCUGAAUGUUUCGUGCGUAGGCGCCCAGGCGAAGGACGGUGACGCUGCCAGUCUGAACACGGGGGAACAAACUCUUCUCUUUACGCUCUCUGUUUCUUUAAAGGUAAAAAUCCAACCUUAAACACACUCAGCGCUGGGUUUUUAACAAGCAAUUUUUGGUGACUUGCUUCAGAUAUUUGUGGUUGGUAUUUCCUUCAUUUCCGCAGGUGCGAAAUGACAAAACUGAGUGACAAAACUGAGCAGAAACACAUCUGAUCACAGCUAAACCGAUGCCAGACUAAUGUGGCUUAACCGAGAACAUUUGCCAGAGCUAAUAAAAAGUGGUGGAGAGGUGCUAAACAUAAACUGUAUACUAAAGAUGGACAUACCCACUGUAACGUGCCAUCAGUAGCAGGGGUGAAUCAGCUGAGCGACUAAGAGACACCGUCAUAGGCUAGGGAAUGACAACCACCUCUAAUGGGGACCAUGGUUUCCAAAGACUUACACAAUAUUAUAUUCACUAAUACUUGAAUCUAACAAUUGAGACCAUAAACUUAAGAGGAAACUGUUUCCCGAGGUCAUAGAUCAUGUGAGUAGUGUGGUCAUUUUCUGUAAUAGAAGUCUAUUUGCAGCUGCAGGCGUCGCCCCCUGCUGGCCAUUAGAUACAAUGAAGGCUUAAAGGACCUCAAAUGACACCAGAGUAUGUCUGUCUUCUUUCACACUGCUGAAAAGAAAGUAUCAAAUUCUGUUGCAAAGCAUUCUGGGAAGUGGAGGAAAUGGUAAAUUUAAAAAAAAAAAAAAAGAUAAGUCACCAGAAAGACACUACAAUCUGAGGUUGGACUUUUUCCUGAUGUGUUAUUAAUAUCGCCACAACAACAAAACAUCUGGCCUGUGCUGCGACCAUGUUUUGCCUUUUUUGUUGUUUUUGUUUGUUUUUUCAUCUGCAUGAAGGUCACGUACAAACGAUCAAAUGAAUGAAACACCUAUUUAAAAAAAGAGUGAUAGCAAUAUGGUGAUGAUCAGCUUGGAGGCACGGCGUCUGGCUGUCGUGGGUGUUGUUUGUUACCGCUGUGGCGUGAAAUCCUUCGCUGUUGAACACUGUGACCUUCGACCCUUUCACUCUGCCCUCUCUGCCUGUUGAUCGGCGCGUCCUGUCGAGCACUGUGAACCCAAACGUCUCAUUCCCUUCUAAUGAUGUCGUAGUGAACAUCCGCCCUUUGCUUAUCGCUCAGGCGAGCAGCAAAGGCGGCAGGCUUGACCCUACAUGUGCCAAAAAAAAAAAAAAAACAUGUAAAGACAGAAAAAGGUUGAACAGACGGGUCCUCUGCCUUUUCACAGUUUGUUUGUUUACUGUUGUUUUCUAGAAGAAAAAAAGGGGAGAACACUAUGGAAAAAAAAAAAUGUGUGGACCCAUUUCCCUGUGGAGACUGUUGUCCGAGAAACUUGAAGCAGACGUGUUUGUCAGGCGCUGACGUAAAAACUGCACUUUCAUGAAAAUGUUUUUCAUGUUUUAAAAUCUUUGUUUGGCAUGUCUGAAUCUUUUAUUCCAACCAAACAUCACGGGCUGGAUUACAUGACGUGUCACACUAGACUUUGAGAUCUUUUGACCAAUUUCACGUAAUGAAAACAGCUACAAAACUGGCAUUUCUAUGCGUAUGAAAUUGGGUCAGCCUCAAGUGGCCAAUAAAGGAACUGCAGUUUUGGCACUUUUGGAAUAAGUUUAACUUUUUCUUUCAUCUAAGCAGUUUGUAACUUGCAGAGGACCUGCUAACACUUUAUUAGUGAGCUGACCUGACCUCAAGUUUGAAGUCUUACCCUCUUUAACCUCAACUUUCUAGAGGAAAAUAGUACACACAGCUUCUUCUGAAACCAAAACUAGCAACAUAUAUUUGAAUAUUCCACUUGUAGACUGCGUCUGAUGGCAUUUUCGUGUGUUACAUGGCCUCAACUCAGCAUAGUCACAGCAGCAUCUGUUCUUUUUUACCUCAUGCUGUUGGGAUUUCUAUCCAUUCUCUUCCGGUUAUCUAUCAGGGUCGCUGGAGCCUAUCGCAGCUAACAUAGAGGGGGAGACGGGGUACACCCUGGACAGGUCGCCAGUUUGUCGGCUAACAGAUGGAUAGCCAUUGACGCUCACAGUCGCACCUACAGCCAAUUUAGAGACACCAAUUAACUGAACAUGCAAACAGUGGGAGGAAGCCAGAGUACCCGUAGAGAGCCCACGAAGACACAGGGUCUGGUCGGUCAGUGGAUUCGAACCCAGGACCUUGUUGCUGUGAGGCAACCAACAUAUUGUUGAGAUAUCAUCCAAGCCAAUCAGUGCAGCAUACAGUCUUUUCCCUUCCUCUUUACACAACAGGACCUUGAAAAUUUCACACUAUCUCUGUGAAAAAUAGUUUUAUUGUCUCCUACAUGUCACUAAUUGAUUACAUAAAAUUAAAUGAGAGAACAAAUCUGAUAAAAACAGUCAUGUUUAUAAACAAUAAGGCUGUGUUAUACCCACUAUUUGUCUUACUGUCAAUAUCUCCCACUGAAAAGAUCAAAACAUCCAAGCAUGAGUCUGCUUCUUAACCAUUUCCCCUUUCACAUAAAUCCACAUUUGGCUGUCAGUAAGCAAAACAGAACAUCCCCAGCCUUAGAGUUUCACUUUUCCAAACGUGACCUGAAUGCAGCAUCAGUUCCUUCUCUGUACUGUUUGGUUGGAACAAAAUCUUUCACACUUUGAGUCCUGUUUUUUCUGGAUGUUUGAAGUAAUCGGAAAGCAGGUUUUCUGCAGCAGCUCCAUCUCUUUGUGUAAGCGCGCGGACCUUUGGGACAAACUUCCUGACCCUGCGAGCGUUUCUGUGCUGGUGAGGUUGACGUGAUGGACCAGUCUGUGUGUCGUCGUAGCCCGUGCUGACAGUGACAUACCUUUUUGUGAUUUGACCUGAUUCUGUGCGAGUUUGAACAAAAAAAAGAAAAAAGGCUGCGUUUACAAGGAGAAAAAAAUACAACAAACUGGAAACCAGCUGGUGUGGUGUGUAUGUGUGUGUGUCUAUUUUUAUUUUUUUAUUUUGUUCCCUGAACUGUGCUCGGGUGCCAUUUCCCAUUUUAACAAAAAGAUUUCAGAACUUUUUCUAACUGCUUCUUUGUUUUACUUUCCCCAAGAACACAAAACCUGUGUAGAAAACAGAAACUGUCCUUGAUUGUCUUUGUUUAUUUAUUAAUUUGUAUAUAAAGAUUUUGUUUUGCAUUGUACAUUCUCUCCUUUCUUGGUUAUAGAUUAAUAUAUUCAUGUAUAUAUGAAUAAACAUUAAGUUUAUAAAAGUGAAA